AUGUCGCCGCAGCCCCUUGAUGGCGCUGUAGAUCCCAUGCGCGACAAUUCCGCACACACACGGAGGCGGUGUCAGUGGCGGCAGCAGCAGCGGCACGUCGCCCACACUCGACGCCCUGCUGCUCGGCGCCCGGUCGCUCCCGCACCACCCACUCACAUCCCCGUCGCAACGGACCACACGUCCCCUUCAGCGACCAUCAAUCGUGGGGAAAGCAGCACCAAGAAGAACUGCGAAAGUCACCGAGGAAAGAGGGGAGGGGAGGUGGAGAACAGGAGCCAAGAAAAGGUUACGCAGUGCUGCGAAGGGGCGUACCGAUCUGACAGCAGCACCGUCACGGUACGGAAUAGUCUAUGCCUUACCUUCCCCUAUAAAGUAAAAGAGAGAGAGAGAGUUAAGCGAGACUUUUUAUCUAGAUCCCAUUUCGAAGCUUCUUGUCCCUGGUACACAUAG